CGGGUGAUCAUCUACAUGCCCAUGAUCCCGGAGACCAUCUACGCCAUGCUGGCCUGCUCGCGCAUCGGCGCCAUACAUUCGCUCGUCUUCGGAGGGUUCGCCGCCAAGGAGCUCGCCGUGCGCAUCAACCACGCGCAGGCAGACGCCUGCCUGUCGGCCAACUUCGGCAUCGAGCCAAAAAGGACGGUGCCCUACAAGGCGAUCCUGGACGAAGCCAUCAACAUAUCCGACUACAAGCCAAAGAAGUGUCUCAUCUUUCUACGACCGGGACAGGACGACAUUGCCAUGACUCCCGGUCGCGACGAGGUGUGGCAGCACGCCGUGGACUUGGCGGAACCCGCCGACUGCGUGCCCGUCGAGGCCAUGGAGCCUCUCUACAUCCUCUACACCUCCGGAACCACAGGUCUACCCAAGGCCGUCGUCCGGCCGGCGGGCGGCCACGCGGUCAACCUGCUGUACACUCUGGAGAAGGUGUACGGCGUCAAGGAUGACGACGUGUGGUGGGCCGCCUCGGACCUUGGCUGGGUGGUCGGCCACUCGUACAUCUGCUACGCGCCCCUGCUCAAGGGAAUCACCACAGUCCUCUACGAGGGCAAGCCCGUGGGCACUCCGGACGCGAGCAGCUUCUUCCGGGUGGUGAGCGAGCACGGCGUGUGCGGCAUGUUCAGCGCGCCCACGGCCAUGAGGGUCAUCCGUAAAGAGGAUCCCGAAGGACAGAUGGGAAAGAAGUUUCCUGGAAAGAAGCUGCGGUACCUGUUCCUGGCCGGAGAGCGAUGCGACCAGGAGACCCUCCGGUGGGCCGAGAAGGCGUUCGGAGUACCCACUCUCGACAACUGGUGGCAGACAGAGACUGGUUCUCCUGUGACUGCUACGUGCGUGGGUCUGGGCAACACGACGCAGGUUCCAGAUGAAGCAACGGGUCUACCAGUUCCCGGAUGGAAUGUGAAGGUUCUGUUGGAAGACGGCCUGGAAGCGGCUCCGAAUCAGCUGGGUAACGUGGCCAUUAGAUUACCGAUGCCGCCGGGAUCGAUGUCGACUCUGUUCAGAGCGGAUGACGUAUUCGUCGUCAAGUACUUCGAAAAAUACCCGGGCUACUACGACACUAUGGACACCGGCAUGUUACAUAAGAACGGCUACGUGAGCAUCUUUUCGAGGAGCGAUGACGUCAUCAAUGUCGCCGGACACCGCCUGUCGACGUCACAGAUUGAGGAGGCCAUCAUGAAGCACGACGGCGUAGCGGAGUGCGCAGUCGUCGGCGUUCCGGACCCGAUCAAGGGAGAGGUUCCGCUCGCCCUCUUCGUGCUCAAAGACGACAAAUCGGAGCUGCUGGAGAAGAUACGCAAAGAGGUGGUCGAGAAGGUGCGGAACGACGUCGGGCCUGUAGCUGCCUUCAGCCUCUGCACCCGAGUGCCUGCACUCCCCAAGACGCGAUCUGGCAAGAUACCCCGGAAAACUAUCUCGGACUUGGCACGAGGGAAAGCCGUGAAGAUCCCAGUCACAAUUGAGGAUCCUAUGGUGUACAAGGCAAUAAAGGCGGCACUUCAAGAACUCGGAUACGCAAAGGACGCACCCGAUCCAAAAUGAAUGAGAAGUCUGCGUAGUGACAUGUAACAAAACCUCGAAUUAAAAAAAAAAAAGCGAACAUUU